UACGCUCAGUCCGCGAUGGCGCUGCAGGGCGUGCGGGUGCUGGAGAUCGCCGGCUUGGCUCCGGCGCCUCUCUGCGGCCUGAUUCUGGCCGACUUCGGGGCGCAGGUGGUGCGGGUGGACCGCUGGCCCCUUCAGCCUUUCAUCUCGGACGUGCAAGGCCGCGGCAAGCGCUCCGUCGCGCUGGAUCUGAAGCAGCCCCAGGGCACCGCCGCGCUGCGUAGGAUGGCCCAGCGGGCGGACGUCCUGGUGGAUCCCUUCCGACCAGGUGCUCCGUCGCCAGCCGGGGAGUCGGGAGGUAGUCUUCGACUUAUGACAAGGACAAUUGACAAUUGA